AGAGCAAGAUGGCCGCCGCCGAGGAGGACUGUGCUGCCGGUGCCGACGCGGACCGGGAACUGGAAGAGCUCCUGGAAAGUGCUCUUGAUGAUUUCGAUAAGGCCAAACCCUCCCCAGCACCCCCUCCUACCACCACGGCCCCUGAUGCUUCGGGGGCCCAGAAGAGAUCGCCAGGAGACACUGCCAAAGAUGCCCUCUUCGCCUCCCAAGAGAAGUUUUUCCAGGAACUGUUCGACAGCGAGCUGGCUUCCCAAGCCACUGCAGAGUUCGAGAAGGCAAUGAAGGAGUUGGCUGAGGAAGAGCCCCACCUGGUGGAGCAAUUCCAGAAGCUCUCAGAGGCUGCAGGGAGAGUGGGCAGUGAUGCGACAUCCCAACAAGAAUUUACGUCUUGCCUGAAGGAGACACUAAGUGGACUUGCCAAAAAUGCUACUGAUCUUCAGAACUCAGGCAUGUCAGAGGAAGAACUGACCAAGGCCAUGGAAGGGCUGGGCAUGGACGAAGGGGAUGGGGAAGGGAACAUUCUCCCCAUUAUGCAGAGUAUCAUGCAGAACCUACUGUCCAAGGAUGUGCUGUACCCGUCACUGAAGGAGAUUACAGAAAAGUAUCCAGAAUGGUUGCAGAGUCACCGGGAAUCUCUUCCUCCAGAACAGUUUGAAAAAUAUCAGGAGCAACAUAGCGUCAUGGGCAAGAUAUGUGAACAGUUUGAGGCAGAGACCCCCACAGACAGUGAGGCCACUCAGAAGGCUCGUUUUGAGUUAGUGCUGGAUCUUAUGCAGCAGCUACAGGAUUUGGGCCAUCCUCCAAAAGAGCUGGCUGGGGAGAUGCCUCCUGGCCUCAACUUUGACCUGGAUGCCCUCAAUCUGUCAGGCCCACCAGGUGCCAAUGGCGAACAGUGUCUGAUCAUGUGAAACACAACACGUGUUUUGUCCCUGAUUCCCAGCCCUGGGGAACAUCUGGAGUCAGCAGGACCACUGGGACCUGAGGCUGGAGUGUCAUCUGCGAGAGCAGUCUGCCCUCUGCCCUCUGUCAUCCCAGCUGAGAUCGUGCCAUACCAGCUGAGGCUUUUACUCUCUCUUUCUAGUAAUAAGGCCUAUUGUGCAGGCCAUUUCUGUGAGCCCCAUCCAUGUGGUUUCUGCUGCUAGCAAAGGCCCAGCUACCUACCAGAUGAAGGAAGGCACCCCUUGUGGGGCAUGCACUUUCUUCCCUCCCAAAUAAUGUUAUAUAUGGCCACACAAAUGUUCACUUUUGCAUCCAGGGUCUUCGUGCCUUGUCUCUACUCCCUCUUGGACCUGGGGAGCAGAGACAGAGUCCUGGGACUCUGUGUUUCUCUAGUUCUUUGGGGCAGGGCCUUUGGGAAUGAAUGGGGAGAAACUUCACCUGGGCUGGGGCUCUAGGUCUGUCACCAUUCCCUCUUGCCUUCGGACAGACCGUUGUGAACUCUGUGAAGGAAACGGAGGUGGGGGCUUUUGCAUCUCAUCACAGUAGGACUGAAAGAGAAGCCCUGGGAUUCUCCUCUCUCUGGGUGCUGAGCCUUCAGCUCCUUGUUCCAGCCCGAGAACUCAAGGUGCUACCUUGGUUCUUUGUACAAUGCUGUGUGAUCUGGGUGAAACCAGCCCUUGACCUUCCUGCGCCCCUGCCUCCUCAUCUUCUCUCUUUUUAAAUACCUGUUUAUUCCAACUCUUCUCUGAACCCAAGCUGUGACAAAGAAGGGCCAUCCACCACUCUCAUUGGCACCUCUCCCUGGAAAACAGAUAAUUAUAGUGUCAGGUCUAGGAAACGAAUGACUGUUCUUCCCCAGAUCCAGAUAUGUUCUGGCUUAUUUGAGACCUCUGAUUUCUUUGAAUCCUGUCCCUUGAUUAAGCAAGUGGCUUGGGAACGGGAGUGGGGUGCAGCCUGGGUCCUUUUUCUUGACUAAUAAAUAUUCUGAUUGAA